GUUAACUGUUACUUAGUUCAAGCUUAUGCGCACUAGUACUCACCGCUGCACCAACACACAUCGCAAUCCGCUCAAGCAUGUUUACAGUGCUAGCGCUUAGAUGUACCUAACAUUCAAAGUGACGGUAUCCGUGCACUAUAGUCUAUGAUGAGCUCGAUAUUGACGUCUCCGCGAUCCUCCCGCGCUAACCUUCUUAGCGUCCGACGACGGCGGCGACGAUCACCGACCCUUACAUAACCUCGGACGACCCUGGAAGAACCUAAGUUAAGUAACGGCAUCGUCUUAUGCUGCGUUCCCGAGGUAGAUUGAAGCACAAUCUCCUUCAACCACCCACACUCUCUUGUCUCCCUCAGCCAAGUAAUGCCCAAGUGGCCGGCCAAGGCUGCACAGCCAUUUGUAGAUUCGGACUUGCAGGAGGUCUACGAGGCCUGUAAUUGGCACUACAUCUGGCAAGCAGAGUAUGGCGGGCCCAGCGAAGACAGCUGCCCGGGCGACGACGUUGAUGGAUACGACGCGAUGGAGACUCGGACAGUCCCGGACGAAGAGGACAACGUUGAUGCGCAGAUUGUGCACGCCGUGCUAUACGCUGCGACUAACCUUGCAGACUACUACAAACGCAUGCUUGACGAUCCCCUUGACUCCGACUACGCCCAAGCAGUCGACCCAAGGACUCUGCUGAGACUGCUCACAGCCGAAAAAACGCGCUCGCGCGCCAUAGGAGAGACGAUUUCUUCUCUGAGGAACACUACACUCGCUAAGGAGGGAUGGUCCGACGCGUCAUAUUGGGACAUGCAAGCUAAGCUGGAGAUGUCGUUGACGCUUGAAGCAAUGAUACCCGCUGAACGGCCCAGCGUGGGCCCAAAUAGUCUGAGAUACAUCGCGCUGUUGCGCACUCUGCCUGUGAAGGCCAGGAAGUCCAAAAACCGCAUGAGACGCAAAUCGGCAAACACCACCCCCUAUGCGCGCCAACAGCCACACCGACAUGAGGGAUCAGACGCUCUGGCGAGGUGCUCGGGGCCAAGCCCUUUGAAGUACUGCAGUACGAGUACCGAAUGAAGGCGUAUGCUCGGCGCCGACCUGCAAAGGGAGAGGGUGCGUUUCUUG